UGUAUUAUUCCAUUCUUUUUAGGGAAAAGCCUAACCAUAACGAUUACCUUGAGCACCAGCCCUCCCCAGGUGGCGUCGUACACGAAAGCGAUCAAAGUGACAGUUGAUGGGCCUCGAGAACCUAGAAGUAAGACACGACAACAGCAACAGCUUCGGGCCUUCGCGACAGCGUUUGGCCAACGUCCUCCAUUCCUCGACCCACUUCGGGAGUGGGAACACUUAAGACGAAAGGCUGCCGAGCAGUGGACCUUAGAGUUUCCUCGAAGGAUGCCAGGCGCCCCCGCAGACCCUGUUCAAGCUCUGCAUCUGGCUGGCGCAGAACAUCAUUGGAAUCCUUAUGCUCCACCUUACCCAUCAUACCUUGCAUCAACAUCUUCAAUACAGGGAUCCGCAUUCCCAGCGCCACCAGUAAAUUAUACGUUAGAGGACGCUUUGGCAGGAACUACUCACCAUUCUUGCUCCAAUUCGAUACAGUUAACCGCAGGAUUAUCUGAACGCGGAGGAGGAAGCUCUUUAGCUGCUCUAAACGACCAGAACAGUGCUCUUGCUCUAAAGACAGACUCAAUAUUAGUAUCUCGAUACAACAAUGCUGUAGCUGCAGCAACUGACUUUUGUUUAUCGAAUAGAUUGUCCGAACUGCGACAGGGAUUAGGCGGGAUUAACAGCGCUGGGAUUAACCAACAGACACCCAGCACUACGGUACCGCUCUUAUCGGCCAACGGCGCUGCCUCUUGCUUGUCGGUCAGUCACGGAGGGUAUGGAAUUUUGGCAUCUCACAGUUGCUAUGGCAACGGAAACGGUAAUGCAGCAGCUGCUGCCGGGAUGUAUUUGAGUCCUCCUGUGGUUCCCCCGUCCCUCCUUUAUCCUCAGCUUUAUUCCAGCGUCUCUCAGUCUCAAAUUCAUCCAUCUCUACAUCUUUUGGGUAAUGAGCUUAGAUCAGCUGUGGAUGUUACCCUCGCUACCCAACAACAUCAUCGCAACGAACAACUGGUUGCAGGACUAACCAAUAUGGCAGCCUCUCGAGCAAACAGCAGCUCCACGGAUGGUACGAUCCAAUCGGAAAGCAGUAACAGCGAAGACAGACAGACAAAUCACGUGACUCCAACGGUUAGCGGAAGCACUCUUUUUGGAGCUACUAAUGUACACAGUGAUCCGACAUUAUGGAGACCCUACUGAUAUGUUCAAGUGUCAUGUAAAAUAAUUUAUUCUGUAAAAAUGUCGCCGACUUCUUCUGUGUUGAACAAUUCAUCAUCAAGUCACUAAGCUUUCGUAAAUAGACGUUCAUAUUUAUCCUAUAUUGUGGGCUCUUUCCCGAGAAAACGGUUGUAAAUUGUCAAAUUUCGAAUGUUGUCUAUAUGAAAUAAUAAUAAACAACCAGAAUCACGAGAAAUAAAUAUAUUUAAUGCACUUUUUUCUUUAUUUACGUUAAAUUCAAUGACAGCGAAACAUUAUGCUAGGAACACAUUCCAGUGUUUUGUAUUUUUGUUAAGAACCGUACAAGUUAUGAUAGACGUAUGUUUACUUUAACAGUUUAAUUUUUAAUAUUACUCUAUACCAUUUCAUUAAGUGUCUGUUAUAUGUUAUGUAUAGUGUCUCUUGUGACUUGGGAACGUUUUACAUAAUUUUUAAUGUUUAAUAGAAUUGUCGCGGCGAAGCCAUGUAAAUAGAAACUUGACAUCUGUUGUGUCCAAUAAAUAUUA